UCAUGUAGAGUACUGGUCGGACUCCCUGUAACGGAUGAAUAAAUAAUAGAGGAUUAAUCCAGUGUUAUUAAUAAAAAAAAUGAUAAUGCGGCGGAAGGACGUCGUCCCCUGGAUCGUCACCCUGACCUGGGUGAUUGUCGAUCUCUCGAGUGCUCUCCCACCAGGAAGCAACACAUUACUGGAAUCGUUCAAUCUGACAUCGAUCCGUCAGAAUUUCCCUGCAGGAUACGACGUCGAGAAGUAUACUUUUCCUGCAGGUCCUGGAAACUCGGAAGAUGCUAAGGAAGUCGUCUUCAGGAUCCAAGGGAGCCUGAAGUCGCCAAAAAAAUUUGGAAAGGUUCCGGUUUUUAUUCAAAAUGGAUUCAUCUGCGACAAUGGGGACUGCCAUUCGAAUCCAGCCCUGCUUUCUAUAGGAUACGGCUUGGUGGACGAUGAUUACGACGUCUGGAUUGGAACAAACAUCGGAAGACCGGUGGAAUCUGAUCGGACGGGAAAUAAUCUCAGACGUCUAGCUCGGGAAAUUCUCUCCGAGGCGUUCCAGGAGGAGUUGUUGGUCCUAGGGUACGAAAACGGGACCCUGAAGUCCUUCGCAAUGACGGCGGAAAAUCUGGAAGAGUCGCCAAGCCUUAUCGAUAGAAUACCUGGGGUGAGGACUAUUAAAAAGUGGUAUCGAAAGGGGAAACAGUACCUGAAGAAAAAAGUCAGCAAGGCUGUCGAGAAAGUCGACGACCUGAAGGACGACAUCGAGGACAUUAUCAACGGCACAUCCGUGGCAAGAUUACAAAGAAAUAUUCUAAACGCCUGGGGCUUCGUCGCGAGGAGCGUCGCUCGCACCCUGAGCAUCGACGACGUAUCGCAGACCAGAAAUCACCCCGACGUGUUCCUGGACACGGCACAGCUGAUCACGAAAUACGGAUACGUCGCGGAGACCCACGUGGUCCAGACAGAGGAUGGAUAUCUAAUGAAGGUCCACCGGAUAUCCGGGGGCAUAAAGUCUCCCCCAAGGCCUGGGAAGCCGGUGGUGCUUUUACAGCAUGGGAUAUUGUCAAGUUCAGCCGAUUGGGUGGUGAUGGGGCCUCAUAAUUCCCUGAGUUACAUGCUGGUCGACGAGGGCUACGACGUGUGGCUGGGGAACUCAAGAGGAAAUACCUAUUCCCGAGCCCAUGUGAGGUUGGCCCCGAGCGAAAAGGCAUUUUGGAAUUUCUCCUGGCACGAGAUGGGUCUCUACGACUUGCCAGCCACCAUUGACUAUAUUUUGGAAGUCACGGGUAACUCCAGGAUCGCCUUCGUCGGUCAUUCCCAGGGCUCGACCUCUGCCUUCGUGAUGUUAUCCGAGAGGCCUGAGUACAAUCAGAAAAUCGUGAAAAUGGCGGCCUACGCACCUGUUGCUUACCUGGGGCACAUGAAGAGCCCAGUUUUGGUUUUCCUGGCGGACGUGAACACCUACUUCAACUACGCCAGAUUAUUAAAGCCUCAAGAAUUGAUGCCGAAGGAUGGAAGCAUUUCCGACUUCUACAAGGAUGCCUGCGAGUCGCGCUCGGUUUUACAAAUCAUCUGCAAGAACGUCCUCUUCAUGGUGUUCGGGUACGACUCCUCGCAGUUGAACAAGACGAUGUUACCGAUCAUCUUUGGUCACGUCCCUGCUGGGAGUUCCGACAUGCAGUUGAUCCACUUCGCCCAAGGCUACGUCUCCAAGAAAUUCAGGCCACGGGAUGACUUCGGUAAAUUAAAUCCGCCGGAGUAUAGAAUCGAAAAUGUUGAAAUUCCUGUUGGACUGUUUUACGCGGACAACGACUGGCUGGUCGACCCCAGGGACAUCGAAAUUCUGGCCAGGAAAUUACCAAAUGUCGAAUUGAUGUACCGGAUUCCGAUUGAGCACUUCAAUCACGUGGAUUUCUUGUUCGCCAUCGACGCACCGGAAGUUCUUUACAAACCGACCAUCCGAUUUCUCCAAAAUACGUCCGAAGAAUACAAACCAUAUACAUUAAUACAGACAAUCGAUAUGCAACCCCUCGCCAAACUACUGGUCGCCUUCAUAUCGAGCUUAUUAUUUCAUUUUGCGAUUCUUCAAGGCUUAAAUCGCAUGCCGGGGGUGAAAAUGGUGGACGACCUUCUGCAGAUGCAGACGAGCAUGCUUAUCAGAAUGGUCGCGAGGAACGGGACGACCCUGGAGGCGCCCAACCUGGGGGAGAACUACAUGGAAGCGCUCGCCUCCGCCUUCAACCCCUGGGGAGACGCGUCGAUCAGCGACAACCCCGAGAACUUCCUGGACUCGAUGCAAAUGAUCACGAAGUACGGGUACGUCGCGGAGGAGCACGAAAUCAUCACCGAGGACGGAUACAUCCUGAAGGCUCAUCGGAUUCCUGGGGGUCCGAAAUAUCCCCCAAGGUCCGGAAAACCGGUGGUUUACUUGCAACAUGGGAUUUUGACGAGCUCCAUGGACUGGGUCGUCCUGGGCCCCAGGAAGUCGCUUGGUUUCAUCUUAUCCGACGAGGGUUACGACGUGUGGCUGGGGAACUCCCGAGGGAACACCUACUCCCGGUCCCACGUGAGUCUUCAGCCAACGGAGAACCGAUUUUGGAACUUCUCCUUCCACGAGAUGGGCAUUUACGAUCUUCCCGCCACGAUCGAUUACAUCCUCUCUGUGACGGGUCGACCGAAGGUGUUCUACCUUGGCCACUCCCAGGGCACGACGUCGGUCCUCGUCAUGCUCUCGGAGAGGCCCGAUUACAACGAUAAGGUGCAAAAGGUCGUCGCGUUCGCGCCGAUCGCCUACGUGGGGAACAUGAGGACCCCCUUGCUGAACCUUAUCAUGAACACUCAAACAAACGACAUCUACGUCAAGCUGAGAGACACCUACGAGGUGCUUCCUGACCACGGGGACAUCUCGAACACGUUUCGAAAUUCCUGCAAAUCCGCCCUGGCGUAUGAGACGUUCUGCACGAAUCUGUUGGACAUGGCUUUUGGAGAAGACGACGCGCAGUUGAAGCAGACAAUGCCGGUGAUGAUAGCCCACGUGCCGGCCGGGAGCUCGACGAAGCAGAUCAUGCACUACGUCCAGGAGAAGGCGUCGAAGAAAUUCAGGCCAUUCGAUGAUUUUGGUGAGCUGGACCCUGCGGAGUACAACCUGGGGAACGUCAAGGCCCCGGUGGGGCUCUUUUACUCCGAAAACGACCUCCUGUCCGAUACGAAGGACGUCGAGAUCCUCGCCAGGAAGCUGCCGAACGUGCAGCUGCUCUACAAGGUCCCUCGACCCACGUUCAACCACAUCGGUUACCUCUACGCGAUGAACGCCACGACGCUGGUCUACUCGACGCUCCUUAAUUUUCUUAAAAACUGACGACCUCGUCCUACGAUUAAAAUUAAGAGAAGUCAGUCGGUGGGAUUAUCUAGUGAAAUAGAAUCCCCAUACGAGUAUCCUAGUCCCUGAUCGAUGCGCUCACCGCGGCGGCUGGCGGCGUACUGAGCGGCGCUCCCACCGCCUCUCCUUAUAUAAGCUCAACGCGCUGAUCAAUGGUGAGAUCGAAUCGCCAAUCUCGAGGCGCUGCACACUUUCGAUUUUUCCUUCUCCUGGACGAUGCCCCCUUUUCCCACCCAUGGACCUAAUAAAAAUGAAAGCAAAGAA